AUGUUGGUGGGCGCAUCCAUCGUUGUCAACGCGGCGGUGACGACACGGAAAGCUGUCAGUUUUCUGCAAGAGGUUGCAAAGAUCGAGGAGGACGGCUAUUUUCUGUGGAAGCUGGUAGAUUCCGUCACUGCGCCGCUUGAGACAGCUGUGCAGCUGUCUGCGCGCUAUGAGGCCUGCAGUGUAGUGGAGCCAGCUAUUGCAUUGACUCGAUUCACUCUGGCCGCAGUCGAGCGUGUUCUUGAACGUGAUGAUGAUGAGCAGGGAAGGCCCGAGGACAAAGCUGGCUGGACGGCCUGGCUCCUGAGCAAGACAGAUGGCCUCACUCGCAAGCAGCGGAUUCUGCAACUCCAGCCAAAGGUAUCCAUGGCAUUGAGUGCACUCCAGACAGCCCUCACAACGGUACAGUUACGCAGUCCAGGGCUUGGUUCAUCGCCUUUUAUCUACUUGGAGGCUGCUGCAGAAGAUGCCUACAGACUUCUGCAAGAGUUCGAAUUUGGUCGCCUAGGAGAGGGAAGAGGCCUGGCCGUCGGACGCCUCCAUUGCGCCGCCCAAGACAACCCUGUGUGGCAGGAGCUUGGCUUCUGCCAAGUGUGGCUCGAGCAACCGUCUCGCUACAGGCUGCGGCUCUUGCCAACCUCCGGAGGCGACUGGGACCCCAUCCUCCUGCAGGUGUCAGAAGGGGAGUUCCACUUUCAGCGGGCGAAAAAGGGCUCAAUUGCUGGGAUAGACUCUGCACCAGGGGAGGCGCUGACCCUGACUUAUCUGCUUCUUUCCUCUCGCAAGCGCUAUGCCCUUGAGUUCGAGCCGAUGGGUCGGUUUGCAGCCGAGACGUUUGAGGCGUUGCUCACGAUGCUCAUCCUUUCAAAUGGUGGCCAGCACCAGUUGGCAGACAGUGUGGAUCUACCUGGCCUUCCGGUCAUCCCGGUGAUCUUUGACACAGCUUCCGGCAUCACUGGUGAGCUCAAGGGGCCUGGAACAACAACAACCAUCCAAUUCAACUUCACGGUGGUGCAGAGCGCCUCGGAGCUCCAAAUCGAUGCGCUGGAUCCCUUGGGUUUCGAGUUCCAAAACGCCUAUGCGGUGGCGAACAUCAGUGGACGAAGAAGCAUUCCGCAGAUCCUGGUGGCUUCCUGGGACGAGAUGCGUCUUGUGAUCCUGGCAGACAGCUUUGACGAAAUAUCCUUGACCAUCAGCGAAGUGAAGAUUUCGGAGGUGCCGGGGCCCUCGAAUUGGCUGCUGUCCACUUGGGAGCUGCCAGAGGAUGAUCCGGAAGGCACUCCGUACAAGCGGGAUGAGGUGAACUUACAGGGGUUCCUCGUGCCCGGUCGAGUGGAUGUUUACAACGCCUUCGGCCAGACUGGGCGGGAGAAUGCUGCUAUUCUUGGGAGAAACUCAGACUUGUUUUUCGACAUGACGUCCAGUGCUCCCAUUCAAGCUGGCUCUGAUCUGGUUUUACAAGCACGAGGAGCCGGGCCUGAUGGCUUCAAGCUGCUCAGUGAGAACGCAGAGCUGUGGGUCCUGGACAGCGAUGGGGUCAAUCCGGAAAGACAGCUGGGGCAGUGGUACUGUGCAAAUAUGCGGAGCCUGUUCGACCCAGACAAUGAAACUGCCUUGAACAUCACCAAGGACAUGUACCUGCCGCAUCCUUCAGCCUGCGAGUGGGACACGACGCGCGAAGACAUGAUCCGCAACUUUGAUCGAAGUGAUCCGAGCGCUGCCCGAGUGGCAGACACGUUGGUGCUUCGAAUCAACGAGGCGGCGCCCGUCACCAGCAAGCUCCGACUCAAAUUCCAGGUGCAGACCCCCGAGGACAGAACGAACUUCCUUCAAGAGCGCUGGCACAUCACAGUGCAGCUGUACGAUCCAAGCACGUCGGUUCUGGAAGUCAUCACUACCAACGACGGGGCGCCGGUGCCUCUUUCUGUGGUGACGCAGUUGCCCACCGAGCCACCACCAGAGCCCUCGCACCUUUCCCCGGUGGCGAGGGUUGAGGUUGUCCUUCAGCUGGACCCACUGGACACGGGAGCUGAGGCUUUUGUUGUCACAGCUCCGCCGCGGCCUCAUCACACGUCUGAUGAGAGUUUCAAGGGAAGCGUGGCAGCGUGCAGAAGGGCGCUUGCCUGCCUUGGCAUGCCGCGGCCUGUUCGAGAUGGCAAGCUGUCCAUGGGCGAUGUCCGCACGGCGCUGGAGUCCCUGAAAGUGAACCAGGAACAGUCGCUGGCAGCCAUCGAUGCGCUGCUGCGAUCCGUAGAGAUCGUAGAGGACACGGCAGAGCCCAACAAGCCUACGGCUGAUGCCAUGGUUGUCAAGGCUGAGCUUGUGGAGAUCAAUGAGCCGCAAGAGAGGGUGCAACUGCCAGCGCCAAUCCAGUCGGCGGAUUCCAAGAAGAAAAUGGACCAAAAGAACGAUGGCAUCUCACGACUGACAGAAAAGGGCUCCAAGUUUUCAAGCCUGAUCAGCGGCGACGACGUUGAAGCGGAGGAGGACAGCAACGCGGCGCGCGCGUGGUGCAAAUGGAUCCUCAACCAGCCGCAGUUCGAUUGGACGAUGGGCCUCAUCAUCUUCUUGAACUCCCUGGCCAUCGGCAUCGAGACGGAGAAUUCUAUCCGCGACGAGUGGCUUCCCGAAUGGCCUCGGAAGGAGCUCGAUUAUGUGUUUAUAGUGAUCUACAUGGUGGAGAUUUCCAUCCGCAUCACGGCUUACGGGAGAAGCUGCUUCAAGGAUGGCUGGUUUCUUUUUGACUUCUCCUUGGUCUGCAUGGGCGUUUUCUUCAUCAUCAUUGAUCCAAUCAUCCAGAGCAUGUCAGAAAGCCAAGGUGAGGAUAGCAUCUUCACCAAGAUCUUGGUGGUGCGGUCCUUGCGGCUUCUGCGGCUGGUAAGAGCUGUCAGGAUGCUGCACAUGUUCAGAACAGUGUGGCGGCUAGUGUACGGACUAAUCACCUCCGGCAAUGCCAUCAUGUCGACUUUCUUCAUCCUGUUCCUCACUCUCUACAUCUUCGCAUGUCUAGGUGUGGAGCUGAUCACGAAGGACAAGACUCUCAUGGAUAACAGCGAGACUAGGAUCAUUGUCGAGUAUAACUUCAAGAAUCUUCCCAGUACGUUGCUCACGCUGAUUGCCUGGGUCGGGAUGGAUUCCAUUUCAGCUGUGUACUAUCCUCUCAUCCAACAAAAUCCUUUCCUCAUCUUGUAUUUCGUGCCGAUCAUCCUCAUGGUUUCGGCAUCUUGUUUCCUCAAGGUCACGGCUGUGCUGGUGGAGGGAGCGCUCGCGAACGCGGCCAAUGACAAGGAGUUGAGUCGGCACGACAUGAAGCAGACAGUAAAGAAAUGGGCACCGAAAAUUAUGGAAGUGUUUUCUUCGAUUGAUACGGACGGAAAUGGCACCUUGGAGAGGCACGAGCUGUCCCAGAUACAGCUGGGUGACCUCCCAUUUGAAGUAAGCACGGAGCAGGUGGACAACUUGGAGGACCUGUUCGACAUGCUGGAUGUUGACGGAAAGGGCGAGAUCUCGCAGAUAGAGUUUGCGGACGGCCUUCUCAAUCUGCUCACGAAUGACGUGCCUAUCCACCAAAUGAAGACGUUCAAGCUUCUGCAGCUUGGCUCGGUACUCGUAUGCCUGGAACGGGUGGAGAGCAAGGUCACUGCACUGGAGCGGAUGUUGCUGCAGAGGGAGUCUAAGCGCAGUGGACAACUCUGCGUCGUCGUUGUUGUGGUGAACACAACUGCAAAACUGCAGCAUGUGGUCACCGAGAACCGUAGCAACAACGUGGAUGAAAUGCGUUGCCUGCCGCUGCCAGCAGUGAACGGCCUCAGCCGCGCGCGUGUGGACUGCGAGGUCGAUCCAGCAGUUCGCAUGGUUGUAGGCCUGGGCACUGAGUGCCUUCGUGACGCAGCCACCGUGGUGUACGUGGAGUCGCCGGAGUCCACUGUGCCCGAUGCCCAGAACGUGUGGUUCAUCGAAGCUGUCGCCCUCGUAGGAACCAACUACACGUCCGUGGGUGACCGGCUGGGCAGAGGGACCUUUACUGGCUUUGAGGUGGUGGACAUGGACGUCCAGGUGGUCUACGGAGCCCUGGCCUCGGUGCCUGUGGACGUUGGCCUGGCCUUCCAGAGCCGCGUGGACCUCCCACGGCUUGGCCAGGUGGUCAUUGAAGGGCCUCGGGACUUGCAGCAAUUUGGCUGCGAGAACAAACGCGGGCGGGUCUUGCCUGUGUCUCUGGGGCCUUUGGCAAGAUGCCAGACAUCAGUGAACCCGCCCACCGUAACCCUCACCUUGAACCAGAGCUUACCAAGCAGCCUCCACGUGGUCAUUGUGCCUGCAGAGACCUCUCGUCAGGACCCGCAGCCUUCGCGCAACGUCUUCAAUGUCUAUCUCCGAGCUCCAGAUGGCCGAAAUAUGGACGUAUCAUUGCUAGUUCCUGGCGAGCCAAUUGUACAAGGUGUCCGGAUCAGUGUUCUGCCCUUCUGGUGGACCGAGCUGAAGCUGUAUGAUGAUUUCUUCGACGUCACAGUCCCGGUUGAGAUCCUGGACGAUGUGGACAUCGAUAUUUGGGGAAUCCUGAUCGACUUUCCGAAAGAUCCAGACUUCCAGCUUCAUGCUCUUGAUGUUCAGGUCUCGACGGCCUUUGGCGAGGGCGCGUACAUGCCUCAGGGUUCACCCUUUGUUGGACAAGCAGGCGGCAAUCAACUCCUUGUUCUCUUGGACCGUGUACGCAAGCCACGGACAGGCAUGACUCUCAUCAAGUUUCCGGUAAGUCGACCGUCAAGCCUGCCACUGUUCAACUUCUGGCGUGUUGCACUUUGUGGUCGAGAAAUGGGUGCCAAUGGUGAAGGCUGCUCCUUGGGUGAGGACCGCCAGGACAGGGGAUCUGCCGUGAUCUCUGUCUUUGCUUCGGGCGGUUUCGACCCCUACGAGCCUAGCAACGUUCAGGUGUUCCGCGCCACGACAGGCUGCAGCCACCGGGCGGAGGACAGCCAUGUGGAUUCUUCGCUUGACCCUUGGGGUGCUGCCGAUUACUGGCCUUCGCACAGGAUCAGGAUGAUCGAAGCUCUCAGCGUCUCAGUGUCCUUGCUAGGAGUGGAAGACCUGAAGAAGUUGCACGCCGCGGUGACAGCUGCCCUCAGCAGUCCGUAUGCCAUCGUGAGCUUCUCAACACCAGCGUGGCAAAUACCAAUGGACAUGUCGGAGGAGCCGCCAUACCCAGAUGCCUUCACCCGGCUCAACUCCAGCUUUGCGCAGUAUGGAGCAACACGCAACAGCAUCUACUUGUCGUCGAACAGUGGGAAGUUUAUGGAUAAUGUUCGGACGCUGGAGCAGACGGAUGGUUCGGAUGAGCAUGCAGCACUGGGUUUUGGAGCUGGCACCAGGGCGUCCUCGCCAGAAAUACAGGAUAACACUGCUGCCAAGCACCUCGUUGUUCAAGCAAGUUAUCCUGGUGGCCCCGGGUACUUCGGACAUGCCAUUGAUAACGUUUUCCCAAGAGUUCUGAGCAUCCUCCCCGGUGCCAAAAGUGCUGGCUACAAAGUCUCUGUUGUUGUUCCGCAGAUCUCGCGCGAGUUUUUCAGUCACAACACCCAAGCCCUCUUUGAGCAGAUGGGUGUGGAAGUUCUGGAGAGCAUUCCGCAGACCCCGCACCGCAUGGCUGGUGUGACCAAUGUUGCGUCCUGGGAUAGACUCAUGCGGCACAAUGUGCGGAACGUUAUCCGUGAGGAGCUCUUUCGAGGCUUGACUCCGGCUGCCUGCAAGUCGGGCGGCGGCAUCGCAGCAGCAGGUGACUGGUCCAAGGUCUUCCUGUCUCGACGUAGUGGCACUCGGAAUGGUCGCUCAGUCGAGGGAGAGGACCUUUUGGAAGAGAGGCUGCAGAAGAAUGGUUUUCACAUUCUUGACGAUCCUGGAAGCAUGCCGGUACAUGAACUGGCCAGGAAGCUGUAUACGUCGACUUGCCGUUUGGCUGGCUUUGCCGGCACGGCACUGUUGAAUCUGGUAUUCCUUCCAGAUGGAGCGAAACUCGUGGAGUUCAACCCCCUUGGGCUGUAUGCUGAUUACUGGGAGUGGGCCCAUGCACUCAAUAUGAGCUAUGUUCACACUGUGCCAAGUCUCAGCAUUGGUGCCCUUGAAGCGGACAGCCUUGUCCAGAUUGCAACCACAUAG